AUGCCAAGUGGUUCGUUUUUCUUUAAAGUAUUUAUAUGUGGAUCUCCCUUUUGUGUUUUGUUUUUUAAUGAAAUUAAUAGAAUAAGAAAAUUUAGAGAAAAUGAAAGAUUAAACAAAAGUUUGUUUUUAAAAAAUUUUGAUAAAAAUAUUAUAAAAAAUGAAGAAAAUAAUGAGAAAUUAAAAAAGCAUUCUCUCUUUAUAAAUGAUGAAAAUGAAAAUGAAGCACUACAUUAUUUUUAUGGGAAAGCAUGGGGAUAUACUACAGAUUACGAAAUUGAUUUAAGUUUAAAUACAGGCGAUUUAAUUUUUAUUAAGCAUGAUUUGGAUUAUAUAAAUUUUUUUAAAAAAAUAUUAUUAAAAAUAAAUAGAUAUCUUCAAUCUAAUGAUAACUAUGAUGAAAUAGGAAUUAUCAUAAAAAAACAUAACAUUAGUUAUGUUUAUAUUCAGAAUAUAUUAAACAAAAAAGAAAAAUUAAUGCGUUAUUCAUAUUUUUUGCAGAAGUAUAAACCAUCUGUUGUUUCAUUGAGAAGGUUAUUAUGUAAUGAUGAAGAUAUAAAAAAGAAAUUGCAUGAGAACAUAUUAGAAAAUAUAAAGAGGAAUGAAAUUAAUAAAUAUUCUAUUUUUUUUAAUAUAUUAUAUAAUAUUUUAAAAAAAAAAAAAAAAAUUAAUAAGGAAUUAUCUAAAAAUGAUUGUCUUUGUGAUGAAUAUAUAUGCAAAAAAAUAAAUUCUAAUAUAGAAGUAAGCAAUUUAAUUAACAUGUUUUUAUUUAGAUCUUUUAAUUUAUUUUUUUAUUUCAUGACUUAUAUAAAUGAAGAAAAUUUAAAAAGAGAGUCUCAUGAGAAAAAUGUACUUCUAAAAAAUAUUAAUUCAAACAAUACAAUUCUAUUAAAUAAUUCAAGAUUAUGUAAAUCAUUUUUGCAUUUUUAUGAGUUACCCUUGAAUUCCUUAACUCAAUUUCCUUUUAUUAAAAAAGAUUAUGAGUUAAUGAAGAAAAAUAAUUUUAUUUAUGAAAAACCAAAUAGGAGUGUACAAAAAGAAAUAGAAAAAUUUAUUUCACUUUUAAUAGAAAACGAGCAUACAUUGAUAGAUUCCUUUGAAUAUAUAAAUAAAACACUAAAAAAAGAAAAAAAAGAGGAAAAAGAGAUAAACAAAUAUAAGAAUUCUAUUUAUUCAAAUUAUUUUACUGAUAAUUUGAGAUUUUAUUUUGAAAGUUUUUUUGAGUUAAAAAAAUUUUCUUUAGCAAAUUAUCAUGUUUAUGAAAUAUACAAGAGCACUCAUUUAUUGCCAUCCAUAAAAAAUUAUAAUUCUUUGUCAUUAUUUUUAUGUUUAAAUAAUUUAUGUAAACCUUUGAAUCCACAUAAUUUAUUACAUGAUACAUUUAGCAUACCAAAAUUAUCAAAUAUAUUUCAUGUAAGACAAGAAGAAGAUGAAAAACUACAAAAAUAUUUUUAUCAAUUUAAUAAAGUACCCAAAUCAUAA